GCAGGUCGUGCACGCUGCCUGCUCUCGGAACCAGUGACACGUGUGGAAAUUACUCGUAUUUUUUAUUUCAGGAUCGUCGCAUCUAGUUUGCUUCUGUGGCCCUCACUGGCAAGGAAUUUCCGCGAUUUUUGCUUCAUCUGGACUUGAUCAACAGAAUCGAGGAUGACGAGAGCGCUGAUCACAUUAGGGCUGGGACUCUUACUCCUCUGUCAUUGUGGCCUCGCCGAGAAGGAGAAGCACCGGACCAAACAGCAGCAGUUUCUGAGUAAGCUGCUGGAGCACUAUGACGUUAACGACUGGCCGAAUGUCAAUAAGUCUGAUGCCACCGAGGUGUACGUGCAGAUGUUUCUUAAUUCCUUUGGCUCGUUGAAUGCAGCUAAUAUGGACUAUAGCAUCGACGUUUUCCUGAGACAAUCCUGGCUUGACCAUCGCUUGAAUUUCGCGAAAGCAAAUGGGGCCAACAGGAGCAGGAUUACUAUCAAUGAUCCUGGUGUACAGGCCAGAAUCUGGAAACCAGACACGUUCUUUAACAACGUGAAGGAUGCAGAAAUCCAUCGGGUCACCAUGAACAACGUUCUGCUGCGACUGAACGCGACGGGACACGUUCUUUACAGCAUGAGGGUGACGCUGAAGUUAUCCUGUAACAUGGAGUUCAAAUAUUACCCUUUCGACCGGCAGGAUUGUGGCGUUUCUAUCAGCUCUUAUGCCAACACCGACGAUGUCAUCAAGUAUCACUGGGUCGACGAUACCCCGAUUGACCUCCCAGAUGAACUGGAAAUUGCCCAGUUUGACCUGCUGAACUUUGAAACAAGCGAAACAACCCAACACUUCGUCACAGGCGACUUCAGCGGCCUGGUCGUUCAGUUCUUCCUCCGGCGCCAGAAUGGCUACCACGUCCUGCAGACGUACAUCCCGACAAUCCUCAUCGUCGCCAUAUCCUGGGUGUCCUUCUGGCUCGAUCCCAACGCCGUUCCCGGUAGGGUGUCCUUGGGCGUCACGACCCUCCUCACGCUGACGACUCUGGCGUCCGGCAUCCGACAGUCUCUGCCCCCCGUGUCGUACGUCAAGGCCAUCGACGUGUGGGUGGGCAUGUGCAUGAUUAUGGUCUUUGGUGCCCUGCUGGAAUUCACCUUCGUCAACUGGCUCGCCAACAAGAAGAUUCUCAACCCUGGAAACACCUUCAGGGUUCCUCGGAUUUUCGCUGGAUCUGAUGCAGAGCAGCUGGCAUGUGCCGAGGACCCCGCCGCUAAGCCUCCCACAACGUACAUGAUGUACGCCCGAGCCCUAGACCGACUCUGCAGGGUGUUAUUCCCAGGAGGAUUUCUGCUCUUCAACCUCAUCUACUGGCCCUACUAUCUCAUCCAGCAGUACAGCGAUGAAUAGUAAAUCAACUGGGCCACGUUCUGGAAAACCGUAAAUUAGCUAGUUUAAAUCCACAUGGCAUAUGAGUUAGCUGAUUUUUAAAAUCUACGACAUGAAGAUAUAAUCGGACGUCCAAGAAGGGUGGAAAUGAGCUUAUUUCGGUCUAAAUCGAUGAAAAUGGGUGAACUGGAUGAAAGGAAGAGCUAAAAUGAUGCAAUCCGCAUUUAGAAAUGUAGAUAAUAAACCAUGCUAUGUGUAAGAUGAGAGUAAGUGUUGUAAACCAGAGGGUACUAUACCGACUUUAGCUGAUGUGAUGGUUGGAGGGAUGACAAAAUUUAAACCUCGCUGAUGGAAAUCGGGUAAUUUAGACUUAGGAGGGCACAGACUAGCUAAUUUACAUCCACAGGAAUAGCAAUGAACUUAUUCUUCUUCAGGAAGGUUAGGAAUUCAAAGGCACUGCAAUAGGAUGUCAAAUAAAACUAGAACGAUGCAUGGUUAAUAUAUUUUGUGACGAUAUUGUCGUUUUUAGGGAGUCUUGUCUUCAGGCGAGAGACUAAACUUUGAGGAGUUUAAAACGAGAAAUUAAAAUGAAAGAUGCCCAAAGAACAUAUAUACUUUUUUCAAUAUUACACUAUAUGUUCUUUUUAGAUUAAGAAAACAAUGUUGUUUCUGUUAUGUCUCUUAUACGUAUUAUUAUCUUAUUAUUAUUAUUAUUAUUAUUAUUAUUAUUAUUAUUAUUAUUAUUAUUAUUAUUAUUAUUAUUAUUAUUCCGACAAGAACUUUUAAAAUCAAGGUUUGAAUCUGAAUCGGUCUAAAAUAACAGAAAAAAAAAUAGAUUCAUACUAUAGAAACUAUUUAAAUGAUUCAUGAGCUUACUCGAUUAAUAAUCUCAGAUCAAACUUAUAGCUUUAAAUGACGGUAAAUAUAGCUUUAACGUUACGAAAGACAAUUUACAUCUUUUAAGCAAAUGAAUUUACAUGACGUUAUAACACGUGCGGAUACGGAAGCUUAUCCAGUGCGUCUAGGUUCAAUUAACUCUUAAAAUCGGGUGUAAAUCACUGUAGUAGACAAUAACAUUCAUGUAGCAAGUUGAUUUACGCAGAGAAUUGCUUAACAUAUGCCCAUUACAUAUAUAUAUAUAUAUAUAUAUAUAUAUAUAUAUAUAUAUAUAUAUAUAUAUAUAUAUACGCCCGUGGUAUGUGAAGAAACGUACGUCGAAAAUGUAUAAGCAAGGACAAAACCAAACUGGUAUUAUGAAACUUGAAGUUGCCUGUAACUUCAUUCGUCAAUUUGCUAGGAACAUAGUUACGGAAACAUUUGAGAUGAACAAACCGCCUUUUCGCAUCCAACUUUAUUCCGUGUUAUACUCUCUCUAGAGGCGCAGUUUGCAACAGUUAAUAAACUGCUGAAUAAUGACAGGAAUGUUGACAGUUUCAGCAAUGCUACCGCGUGUGUUCAUGCUAUCUUUUGGCUCCCACCGUAUCUUUGGGAAAACAUCUUAGUGCUAUGAGCAUUUCGAAUUUAAAGCAUGUUCGCUACGCAUACCCAAGACCUAGCACAUUUGAAUUUUAUUAAUAAGCACGCACCUGUAAUUGUGAAUUAAUAUCUACAGAUCAUAUUUCUUGCAGGCAUAACCUACCUCAAUAUUUAUGCCUGCUACAAUGGAAAAUCUUCGGCCAUGUAUCUCUCAUGGCUAACAAUUGUUGUUAGAACUUCCUUAAACUAGGAAAUGUGAUGAAAUACAUAGAUGGUAUGGCCAAAGAAAUUAAGAAUGCUAUCCAUUUAACAUUUUCACAUGUAUGACAAUAUUCCUCGUGGAAAGUGAUCUUAGUGAAAAGCGCUAUUAACUUGCUAUUUUGAUGAAAAUAGCGGUUGUGUAAAAAAAAAAAAAAUUCCUGCAACACGCCAGCUGUUUCAAUUAGGCCAACAUUCAUGAAAUGUACAGGAAGCGUAUUUUCACUUUAAUUUUUCUCGCAAUCGAUGAAAAAUGAAGGUAAAUCCUUUAAAUACUCAAAAGACAUAAAUGAUUAUUUGAUAACAAUCAGCUGGAUAUACGUCUGAGCCUCCGGAAAUAUAACGUACGCAGUUAAGCGUAUAAGAAAUUUAAAAGCAUGAUUGCACAAAAAAAUGAUGAAAUAAAAGAAAAGGUUGCCCCUACAGGAACAAAGAUUGAAAUAUCUAUAGUAAUAGCACAUUAACAGGAAGAAUUUCAGAUAAAGAUAUAAUAUAAAGAUGUUUGAAAAUCAUUUAGUCUUAUGUGCUUCCAAGUCAAUUUUAUAUAGGAUUUUUAAAGGAACCUCUGAACAUUUCACUUACAGCACAGUGUAUAGUAAACGUAUCCACUCAGAUAAUAUUUCGCACUCAUACAAGAUACUGUUGACAUGUUUCAGUCCUAUUUGCAACAGAAAAGUAUGACGCUUACUUUUACCUACUAACUUUGCUAAAGUUAUAUAGCAAGUUGCACGUCAAUUCCUGGAUGGUACUAAUCUUUUCGUGGCAACUUGUUACAGAGCAUACAGUCUGCUUCUUCAAUGAUGCAUUGUACGAGGGACUAACCCGUACUGACCCUCCUUGAUAUAAUUGUCAUAACACCGAUUAAUUUAUGAUCUAGGUAUUUCCCCCAAACACUGUUCAGCUUCCAAAGAGGUUCCAUUACGCACCAACGACUUUACAGGCAUAAUUUCUAUUUGCAGUCGCUAAGAAACAUACCUCUCACUAAAUAAGUAAGUGUUUUAACGUCUUUGACAUUCGUGUGCGUUCAUAAGUGUUUGUAAUUAACUUGGAGUUGUGUAAUACCUCAGUUUGGAGAGGUAACUGCGUGUUGAUGUGAAUAAAUUUAAGAUGUGUGUUAAUCCAAAAUGAUUCUCUUUGAUUUUUUGUUUGUAUGGUGUUUUUACGUUGCAUGGAACCAGUGGUUAUUCAGCAACGGGACCAACGGCUUUACGUGACUUCCGAACCACGUCGAGAGUGAACUUCUAUCACCAGAAAUACACAUCUCUCACUCCUCAAUGGAAUGGCAGAGAAUCGAACUCGCGACCACCGAGGUGGAACGCAAACACCAUAUCAACUACGCCAGUGAGACGUUUUUGAGCGUCAGUUGUUCGUGCAAAACUCAGCAUACCAUUCUAGGGUUUAGCAGUUAAGUUUGAAAAUGAUCAUUAGAAAUAAGAAAAACAGACUGCGAAAUAAACAUGUAGUACAUUAAUGAGUGUAUGAGCAACUACACACAAUACACACAGCUUUUACAUUUCUCUACCUUUGCCAUUGUACACAAACACACACACAGACAUACAUACAUACAUACAUAUAUAUAUAUUUAUAUAUAUA